AUGGGUGCACGAACUGGACGAGACCGUCAACGUUAUGACAACAACUUCCGUCUCGUUUCUGGAUGCAUCCCAUAUAGGCUGGUGAAUGAUGAGGAGGACUCUGGUGUUGACUUUGAAAACAAGCUUCAAGUUCUUAUGGUUUCAUCUCCUAAUCGUCACGAUCUUGUCUUCCCAAAGGGAGGAUGGGAAGAUGAUGAGACUGUUCUCGAAGCAGCUUCUCGUGAAGCCAUGGAAGAAGCAGGAGUUAAAGGAAUACUAAGAGUUUGUCUUCUGUUACACAACACAGAUCCGAAAGAAGAUCCAUUAGGAGUUUGGGAAUUUAGAAGCAAGAGUAGCAGCGUGGAAGCUGAAUGCUGCUUAGGUGGUGGAUGCAAAGGAUAUAUGUUUGCGUUAGAGGUGAAGGAAGAGCUUACGACAUGGCCAGAGCAAGAAAACCGCGAGAGGAGAUGGCUGAAUGUUAAAGAAGCUUUGGAACUGUGUCGGUAUGAGUGGAUGCAGAGUGCUCUUGAAGAGUUUCUAAGAGUAAUGACAGAGGAAGGGAGGACAAAGGAAGAAGACUCUCUUGCCAUUUCCAGCAGCAUUUCAAACCGAGGAGAUCGUCAAAUCGAUCCUCGGUACUGCUUUGUAGUUAAUUAG